AUGCACCGCGGAGUGGGUCCGGCCAUUCAGAUGGUCAGGAAGAUGGCAGGCUCCGGGGCGGAGCCGCAGAUCCUCGUACAGUACUUAGUGUUACGAAAGGAUCUAUCUCAGGCUCCUUUCUCCUGGCCCACGGGUGCACUGAUAGCGCAGGCUUGUCACGCCGCCACCGCAGCCUUGCACCUUCACCGAGAACAUCCGCAUACGGUAGCUUAUCUCCGGGAGCUGGGGCGCAUGCGCAAGGUGGUUCUCGAGGCUGCUGAUGAGACCACCUUGAAGGAGCUGGCGGAGACUCUGCAGCAGCAGAACAUCGACCACAUGCUAUGGCUAGAGCAGCCAGAGAACAUUGCCACUUGCAUCGCCCUCAGGCCGUACCCCAAGGAAGAAGUGAGCCAGCAUUUGAAGAAGUUCCGAUUGUUCAAGUGACUGCAUUCCGGCAGAACUGGAUGUCAAAUGCCCUCCAUCCUGAAGCAUUGUGGACUUCUUUCAGUUAAUGUGCUCCUUCCUUCCAGUUAUGAUGGUUUUAAGAGCCAGCACAGGCUCAAAUUAAAGCCAUCUUUAGCGAGUACUUCCUAUUGUCAUUAUGUCACCAAAUUCAAGCGAGGGAAGCCGGUAAGCAGCAAUAUCGUCUGCGGGUCAUUGCUCAAGCAGAAGAUUUUUUUUGGUUAGGAGUAUUAGACUUCUGAUCACCCAGGUUUAAAUGUUGCCUUUGAGUUCUUUACCUAUCCCAUCCCCUCCUGCUUCCCAUCACUGGCUUCCAGUCUCUAGUGCAGUAAUAGACACUUCCUGUUCUUCCCCUCUUUGCUGCCUCAUGAAUUCAGUUAAACACUGUCACCAUCACAGCCAAAAAUUGUUCCCUUCUCCAAACAUGUAUACACGAUAGUACACUGUUCAAAAUACUUCUGUUAACGUGUACACGACAACAGAAAUUAAUUGAGUGUUUGAGAAGUCGAGUUUAUAUGACGUAAUCUGUUCAGUAGAUCCUCUUACACGAGAGAGGAAAACCAGGAGUGGUGGCUCACGCUUGUAAUCCCUGCUCUUGGGAGGCUGGGGCAGGGGAGUUGUCUUGAGUUCAAGACCAUUCUGUGCUACUGAGUAAGACCCUGUCUCAGAAAAGCUGAAAAUAUUCAGGUGAGUGAAUUGGUCAAUGCCCUCUUCCUAUAAAACGUGUGGUAAUUAACCUACAAAGAGAGAAGACUUGCUUUGGCUGGCUGUUUUGGAGGUCCCAGGAGAAGACUAGGCAGACUCGUGGAGCUAGGUGGCAAUUCUGGAUGGCAAAGGCAAGCGACAAGGUGGUGAGGCCUGCUUGACGACUCAGCCAGGAAGCAGAAAGAACAUGGAAGAGGCUGGUGCACCACAGUCCUUCAGACUGCCAAUGAGGUCCUGUCUUCUGAAGGCGGCACUGUCUUACUCAGUGUUAGGAUUCAGGCAUGAUGUUGGCCCCUGUCACCUGGCAGGAUGCACUCAGGCAGUACUCUGGCCAGCCCAGGGUCCUAUGGCUGCUCCCACUACAGUCACUACGUAGUCUGUCUGCAGGUGAAAUGGUUCCUUUAAGAGACAAGUUCCCGGGGCCGGGCGAUGGUGGCGCACGCCUUUAAUCCCAGCACUCGGGAGGCAGAGGCAGGCGGAUCUCUGUGAGUUCGAGACCAGCCUGGUCUACAGAGCUAGUUCCAGGACAGGCUCCAAAGCCACAGAGAAACCCUGACUCGAAAAAAACC